AGUCUAGGAAUAGUAUAUAGUACUUUUUCAUUUAUUAAGUAACAUCAGAGAUGCAUAUUUGCAAUCUGUAAAUGUUCAGGGCUGAACAUUUGACCCUGAAAUUUGAUUCACAAUCUUUUUGUUGAUACACCGUAUUCACCGAGAGAGGGCCACCUUGCACACACGAGUUCUCUACAGGUACUUGUUUUUGUGAUAGGCUAUAGUCUUCAUUGUAUGUAAAUGCAAGUAAAUGGUUAGACAUUACACAGUUUAGGAGAUUUUGGUCGUGUUGCCCUUGUCCACAAAAAAAAUUGUGGGCAAGGGCAACAUUUUGAAAAAUCAGAACGCCAACCGUUUUCUGUCUCUUGUCAUGCAUGUUGUCUCCUCCAAUAACAAUGGCACACAGUUAAUGUUGUGUGGCCCAAUGUAGUAUUUCAUAUAACUCAACUGGGAGAACAUGCUACUACCAACGCCAGGGACCCUAAUAGUUAAUUUACUCACUCAUGAAAUAUAUGCAUACGUGUAAAUGUACUCUUUGUUUGCUUCUAGGACCCCCUCCCCCAAACAAACAGGCGGACAAAACGCUUUAAUAACUUCCUACACUACCCCAAUCUCCUCAUAACCAAUCACCUGAAAACGUCCACCUAAUCUGUGAUGCUUAGACUCAAACAUAAGCCCAUUUCAAUUUCGAGCAAAGCAGUACGCACGAACACUACUCCUUUUGUGAUCCGUCUCAAUGGGGUACCGACAAAAGUCUCUAUUAAUGAUUCACAGAUUCAAAAAAUGUUUCUUUUUUAUUAGACACUGGUCACGUGAGUGUAACGCAUAAUAUGGGUGCGAUAUUACGAAGAAGGGGGUGGAUGGUGUGCGAACCUCGGUCUUAUGUUGUGCUGAUUAUGCUAGCCUACUUCACGAAAGUGGGGUUGGGUCAUUGUGGACUUGCUGGAGAGCUGGCGAGAUAGAGAAAAAAAUAAUAAGAACCAAAGUCUCUGGUACGUUCAGCGGAUGGUGUUAUACAGCUGUCAUGAACGGAUAUGUUUUCCUACGGAGAAAAAGACAGAAAGCCCCGCGCACCGUGAGGAUGGAUUUUAUUUUGAGAUCUCCAAAUAAAUGAAUGUGUCUCAUCAAUAAGACUACCAGAGACUGUGUUUUGUUUAAGGUUCACCCGUAGAGUCCAUUGGCGGAGAGGUGUCACGUGACUACGCUGAGCCAAUGUUCUUCUACAACGGUGUCAGGACCUUGUCAGAAAGCGAAAUAAACAUUGGGAAACGGCGAGAUGCAAAAAGCGACCUACUGCGACGGCUCGGCAAUUUACAGUGGCUUCCCCUAUCAAAGCGCAAACGGUUUAGGUUAUGAUGCCAAUCAACAGCAAUAUCUGCACGCCCUUCAUGUGGAAAGUGAGUACCGUCGACCGGCCUGCUCCCUGCAGUCCCCUGGUGGCUCUGCAGCUCUGCACAAACCCAGUGAAAUCUCUGAAGGUUGCCAACGGAGUAACGGAACCCAAGCCCCAGUACCAGACAUCCCCGACAACAACCAGCCCCAUACUGCCCCUCUAGGAACAGUUUCCCCCGGUGCCCUGAACCAAAUUCCGAGCAGUGAUGCCACAACCAAAAGUCCAGGGCACGCCUCUCCAACCCCAGCCACUAGAAAGCAAAUUUUUCCUUGGAUGAAGGAGUCCCGUCAGAAUACAAAGCAGAAAUCAUGUAGCAACAUUUCAGUAGAAAGCUGCCCUGAAGAGAAGAGUCCGCCUGGUUCAGCUGCUUCCAAGCGCGCUCGAACUGCAUACACUUCUGCGCAACUGGUAGAGCUGGAGAAAGAAUUUCAUUUCAACCGUUACCUAUGUCGCCCACGAAGAGUAGAAAUGGCAAAUCUGCUCAAUCUGACGGAAAGGCAGAUUAAAAUAUGGUUCCAAAAUCGCAGGAUGAAGUACAAAAAGGACCAGAAAGGCCUUGGAAUGAUGCCCUCUCCUGGGGCACAAUCUCCCAACAGUCCAAUUGCUCUGUCAUCGGUUGGAGGAGGAGGGAAUGGGAGCGGAUAUUUAAGUUCAAUGCAUUCUUUGGUUAACAGUGUGCCCUACGACUCACCCUCUUCAGCAUCUUAUAACAAGCUCCAGCCCACUGCAUACAGCCUUCCCACGUCAUAUCCACCUCCUCUGAAUAAUUGCCCGCCUCCUCAAAAGCGAUAUCCGGGGGCCGGCACAGCCACUCCUGAAUACGAGACUCACCAUCUUCAAGCAAACAAUAAUUACGGGACUGAAGUGCAAGGUAGCCCAGUUUACGUUAGUGGGAAUGGAGGCUACUCGGAUUCAUUAGUGGGCAUGGGGCCCUCGGUUUUUGGUCUGACACAUCUACCGCACCCACCUCAAGGCAACAUAGACUACAACGGCGCUAUCACAAUGGGAAACGGCCACCAGCAAAGAGCGUGCGAUCCAAACCCGUGCUCAUUUACCGACCUUACUCCGCACUAUUCUCAGGGAAGAAUUCAGGAAGCGCCCAAACUGACUCAUCUGUAAUAUGGGCUACAAUUUGCUUUUUCCUGAAUGCGUUAUCCUCCAUCAAAAGCUAUACGUUAAAUCGGGUUACCUGACCUAGCUCAGGCGAUUUGUGUUGGUUUAUACUUAAAGGCAAAGUUAUAGUUCCUUAAAAACUUAAAUUUCGUCACAUCAUGGAAAUGUGUUUACUAUUUUAUUUGUUUGAAGGAAAAUUGAAACAGGGUAUAAGAACACAUAAAACCUAUGUUUUAUGAUUCUUUUUAAAAUGUGAAUUUAAAGCUUCAAAUUUGUUUUAAUGUUUUUCUUUAUUGUUUUGCAUUUUGCACCUGGGUUAGAACGCGUAGGAACACAACCAGAGCUUAUUCAUCAGCCUUAUCUUGGACAUGUGAGCUAGUGUCUUUGAGAUGUAUUUAUUUUGUUUUCCUGGACAAUGGAUUUUAAGUGUUGUAGCCCAAUCCCUCAUAGUUGGGAAUCCUCCCAGCCACAUAAGUGCUGAAACGUUAUAUGAUCUAAGGUGGCACGGAAAGCCAAUUGAAAGCCAAUGUGUUCAAAAUAUGUCAGUGUGUGCGAAUGUUUUGCUUAAAGAGUCGAGAAAGACAUCGAUUAAACACCCAAAACUCACACUUUUUAUUUGUUCGAUAUUUUUGUCCAAUUCCAUGCUGCUCCAUUUUCAAAUAAAGAAAGAAACUGACGAACUUAUAUAUUUGAUUUUGUAGCAAAGAGAUCAAUGUCAUUCACAAUGAGUACAAGAGCAUUUAAACAUCAUUUGCUAGUUUUUAGGUAUUUUAUAUUUUAAUAAUACAUUUAAAAUGAAACAUUAAAAAAAUGCUUUACGGCAAAGAAAUGCACAUACAGGCCAACACUGCUGCAUUACUUUGUGUGGUGCACUGUCAUUUCCUGCAGUCUUGAAUUUUAGUUCAAGCAGUCCCUACAUUGUCGUGACAUCUCCUCUCUGGCCUCUCAGCAGCGCCUGUGGGAGAGAAACAUUUAAAAUGGAUAAUCUUUAAUAUUCUGCAAUAAUAAAAUCAAUUCCUCUGUUAGACCAAUGAGUGUACAAUGGCGCUUUUGUGUACAGUUCAAAAUGCAACAUCAAUUAAAUAUUAGUCUGCCUAUUGUCAUGCAACCACUUAUAAUGCAUAAUUUUAAGUCUAAAGAUUAAUUCGGCAAUAUAAUUAACUUUUGUAAUUGCAAAAUUUACCAAUCUUAUUUAGUACACAAGAUUCAUUCACAGAUAAUUUCAGGAUAAAAUGUAGCAGCUAUAUCAUUUUAAAAUUUGUUUUUUAGCCAACCAGUAGAAUUUUUUUUUAAAUAGUCUGUUACGCCACAAAAUGAAAUUUCUGUUCUAACAAUGAACAUAUACUUAGGUUAAGACUUCUUUGGACAGUUUAUGCCUUUAUGGCAUAUGGUUAGCAGGACGAACCAAAACAAUUGAUCCCCUACAAAUAAAUGGAUGUAGUCAAAGUUGAUUAAUUUAAGGCGAAAUCACGCAUGACCUCUUUUAAGUGUGGUUAGGGUUUCCAUGAGGUAAGGAGCAUGCUUUAAUACAUACACCGUUUGGGACCCAUUGCCACCCCUCUCACAAUAUUAAUUAAUCUUCCUCCGCAGCACCAUAACAUCCUGAAUAUAGAAAAGCGCAAACAAAAAUUAUAGAAAACAACGUAAUAAAAAAUAAAGCAAAUCACUCCAUAUAAGUCUGUCAUGUUAUGCAAUCUGAAAAUAUCUUGUAAAUUUAAAUCUCUUUAUUAGAGAGAAAAACAGAAGCCAUUCUAUUAAUGUCGCAUAUUCUGCCUUGAGUCCUAAAAGGAUUUCAUCUUGCGUAGGGCUUUUAAAUGUGUUGUGGGGCCACGAGGCUGUCAGACCUUUUGGCAAGUAAGAUUGAUCGCGCACAGGCUACUAGGGUUCUUUGUUUGUAACAUCAGCCCUAAACCUGCAAACGGCCCAACCACUCAUUUACCUUUUACUACUCAGUUUUUUUUUAAUACACUCAGUUGACAAAACACUUCAAGUUAAAAAAUCUAAACAACAUCUAGACUUAACUUUUAUUGGUUCUUAAUCAGGCUUACACAGCACGUAAAUUAUAAUACAUUGAACAAGUACCCAUGUAACAUGCUAAUAAAAAGUGUAUCAGAAAUUCACUUUAAUUCCCAUUGUUUACAACUACAUUUGCAAACAAAACUGUAACCGUGAUAUAAGGAAGCAUUUUAUUUUAAAUACAUUACCGAAAGCACACUUAGCUGGUGAAUAUUUAAAGAUACGGAGAGUAGAAGUUGUAUAUUUACACAAUUAAUUGUAACACAAAGGUUUUUAAAAGGUGACUCUCCAAUCCUCUCAUGUGCACAGACUUGAAUGUGAAAAGCUGCGCUGAUCCGUAAAACUGUACAAAAGUCAAAUUGAACUACUUUGACUGAGAAUUGGUGCAAGGCUUAUUUGACAUUUUUAUAAAACAAAACAGAGAGAGGGCGCGCGGUUUCAUGCAGCAAAUUCAGCAUGGUAUCUUCAUAUUUUAAUACUACCAGGAUCCACCGGCUGCAACCAGUCACAGUUGCAAAGUUUUAGACUAUGGCCUGCUUUACCGACUCCUAUAAAAAGAACAGUGGCCACGCCCUCUAAAAAAUAAGUGUGGGUACACUAGAUCUAUCAAGCUAAAGACUUUAAAAUGGACUGAAAGUUCAAGUCACAUGAUUACGUCUUGACAAUAUAUACUUAUUACAAAAAGUUAUUUACAAAGUUAUUUUCCAUUUAAAUUUAGAGCAAAUUUUUGAACACAAAUACACUUGAAGAACCUUUCAUAUCAAAGCUCUUGGGGGUGAGGCAACAUGUUAACAAUACAUUACAAUAAAUAAGUUUAAGCAUGAGACUGGCUUUAUCAAUAGUCAGCCGUCACUUAUCUUCUUUAGCUCCUGUUGACGCGGACUUAUCAAUCAACAGCUCAACACUCACGAACCAUCACCCUCGUAUCCAACCUUGUUUUGAACACACCAUCCCAAGCAGGCAUAGGAAUCAACCAAGCCUAGGGCCAAGGAACAUCAGUCGAUCAGCCCAUUAUUCGCCAGCUCCCUGCCUCUGAAAUACCCGUGGGUGCGCGAAGAAAAGACAAACAACACCUAGUCGACAGCUAUUAAUGACUUGCUUCUUAACAAAGGGGGAUUUUAGGUAAACUAAAGCACCUAAUUAAAUUAAAGAAGGCAUUUUACCUAAACUAUAAAUUUUCACAAUCUUUUCCACGUUGUUCACUUUAUUUAGGUAAAUCAGGUGAAAAUGUAGUUUUCAUUGAACCAUUUCUUUAUACAUUUUUAUAAUCUGAGGAACCUUAAAGAACCUUUUGUUGAACAGAAAGGUUCUUUAGAUAUUAAAGUUGCUUUAAAGAACCAUUUAGACAGAAAAGGUUUUACUUUCGCACCUUUAUUUUUAGAAGUGUGCUGCUGUGGUGCUGCUCAGACGUUUGUUAGAUUUCACAUAUGCUGGUUUGUAAAACAGCUUUACUUUAAAAACAACAACAACAAAAAAAUACAACAGCAUGUACAACAACAGCAUAAUAGUGCUAAUGUACUGUCUUAACACGCUGUGUGAAAAUAUGGUUUGUGUCAACAUAUUUAUAAACAGUUCUUUCCAGUUCUUAAAUCUGAUUGGUCAAUAGUUGUACUUUUAGUGUUAUUUUUACAGUAAACACUUCGUCGUUUACAGUUUGAUGUCAGAUAUUGUGUUGGACAUAUGCCUUGUUAUAUAAGGCAAAUAGCCCAUGUCCAAAUAUUAUUUAUAUGUAAUGUGACAAGAUAUUAUGUGGUAUAGGCUCCUGUUUUCAGGCUAUACAAAGCUUCCUGAUCGUUGUUUGGCUACCAGAGGAGGAGGUCCGCGCAGCGUGAGAACAGCAUACAAACAUACACACAGCUUUUGGAGCUCGAGAAAGAGCUCAAAUACAGCAAAUACCUUUGCAGGCCACAGCGCGAGGAAGCAGUCGCGUUGCUCAACUUAACGAAAUACCAGAUCAAGAUGUGGUUCCAGAACUGGCGAAUAAGCGUCUGAACCCGACUAAAGACAUCCUUGGGGAGCUAGGCAAAACGGCCGGAGAGGACAUGUAUGACCCGAGUCAUGCUAGAAUUGGGAAGGCCUUGUAUAUGGAGAGUAUUUCAAAACGAGCUGUCAGUUGCCAGGCAGCCCUGCGAUGCAAAAGACAUGUAAACCUUUAAUGUGUUUCCUAGUGGCGUUAGGGACAGAAGUCUGAAAGAUGUUCCCAGUCAGUCACCUACUGCUCUGGGCGAAGAGACAACAAUACGCCAUAGUAUUAAUGUGCCAGCUAGAACAAUUACAGUCCCCACGUUAUUGGCGCAUUUUUGCAGGAUUUGGGACUACUCGUGUCUGUCCGACACAGCCUCGUCAACACCAGAGAUUUGCAGUGGAAUUUUAUUCAAUGAUCCUACGGUUGUUUUACGACAUAAAAAUGACUGAUUGUCAAAGCGGAAUGGUUAACAAAUUCAAGGACUAAACAGUGGUGUAACAGUUGUAAUAAUUGUUUUUAUGCAAGAUGACAAAUUGUUGAAGGUAAGCUAACUUUGAAUGCUGUAUUGAAAAAAGUUCAAUCUAUUCUAACGAAAAGCAGUUACGAUCAUUAUACGAUUAUAGUUUUUGUAAGAAUAAACAAAUUUUUGUAACUA